AUGGCGGAUCCCGCUACGUCGGUGCUGGUGCUGGGCGCUGGCGGACUAGGGUGCGAAAUUUUGAAGAAUUUGGCGCUUCAGGGCGUUCCAACGAUCCAUGUCGUCGACAUGGAUACCAUCGAACUAUCGAACCUGAAUCGCCAGUUUCUGUUCGAAGAGAAAGAUAUAGGACUUCCCAAGGCAGUGGUGGCGGCACGAAACAUCAACGAGAAACGUCUCGUGGGUCUCGGAAACCGUCCUGUGCGUGUAACGGCGCAUUUCAAAGAUCUAAACGUUCUGAGCGAUUCGUUUCUGUCCGAAUUUACUGUGGUAAUUUCCGGGCUCGACUCCGUUGAGGCCCGCAGAGCGAUCAAUGCCCGUCUGGUACGCAUCACGCUCGAUUCGGGCUACGAGAAAUGUAUCCCGCUGAUCGACGGUGGCAGUGACGGGCUGCAGGGCCAUUGCAAAGUGAUCAUUCCCGGAUUUGCAGCAUGCUACGAAUGCUCUUUGGCCACUUUACCCGCAGAAAAUGAGUCUUAUCCGUUGUGCACUGUGGCCAACAACCCCAGGUUACCCGAGCACGUGAUCGAGUACCUUCUCACCGUACAAUGGGCCCUGGAGCAGCCAGAUCGGAGUUUUGACUACACCCGCAACGAGGAUUUCGAAUGGUUGCUGAAACGGUCUCUUGAACGGGCCGCUCUUUUCAAAAUCGACAGUUCCAAGCUGACUGCGUCGUUUGUGCUGGGCGUUGUGAAAAACAUUGUUCCCAGUGUCGCGAGCACCAACGCUAUCAUCGCCGCUCAGUGCUGCAACGAGGUGUCCAAACUGCUGUACAAUGAAUACGACAUAGAGACCUCGAACAAUUUCAUGGUCUACAACGGGCAAAACGGAUGCUUCACUUACGCCUUCAAGCACGAACGACUGCCCGAUUGUCUAGUGUGCGGCGAAUUGACUUGA